AAUCAAUAAACCAAUUGUUCUCUUUUUGAGUCUUUUGUGUUUCGAUCAUGGAAGUUACUCAGCAGCAGCAACUGUAUGAUAAUUAAGAUUAUAUCGCUCUGCCUUUAUUGAUUUUUGGAUUAAGUAUUGAUCCAGUUUGUUCCCUUUUUAGAAAUAUGGUAAAGAAUCUAUUUUCAACUAUGCUUUCAGUGAUCAUACCAUUGUUCAUGCUUUCUGCCCUUACUAAUGCAAAUCCUCUCUAUACAUAUUGCUUCAAUGAUGCAAUUAACUAUACAGCUAAUAGCCAAUUUGAAGAUAACCUCUACCAGCUUCUUCAUUGGUUACCUUCCAAUACUUCGGUAACAGGAUUUUACAAUAACUAUUUUGGAGAUGGCGCUGAUCGUGUGUAUGGGGAAGCUCUUUGUCGAGGGGAUGUCAACCAAACUAUUUGUCAGAAUUGUAUUAAAAUUGCAAGCCAAGAAUUCUUGAACGGAUGCAUGAGUUAAGAAAAUAUUAUAUGGUAUGAAUUUUGUCAAAUUCAUUAUUCCUUUCAUAAUUUCUCUUCGCUGAUGGUUUAUACUGGAAAGUACCCCGAUAGCAAUAGUCUGGAGAAAAAUGUUUCAAAUCCGUCUCAUUUUAAUGAAGUUUUAAUGUAUUUGAUGAAUAACCUCUCAAGUGAGGCUUCAUUUACUCCAUCAAAACGCAUGUUUGCAGUCGGGGAAAUCAAAUUUUCUAAAAGCAAUAUAUACGGGCUUGUACAGUGUACCCCAGACAUCAAAAAAUCUGACUGCCGUAGUUGUAUAACCUCCGCCCUGGGAGAUCUCAACGCAUGUUGCCAAGGUCUUCAAGGUGGGAUUGUCGUUAGUAGAAAUUGUAAUGUGAGAUUUGAGCUGUACCGCUUCUAUAAUGCUUCAAGUAUGUCUUUAACAUACCCAUCUCCAGCAGGAGGAAAAUGGAAGAUUGGGAUGGUUGUAGCGGUUACAUGCAUAUCAGCAUUUGUAAUAGCUGUACUCAUAGUGUCCUCUGUUGUCUAUCUCCGGUGGAAGAAAGGAGGACAAGAAGAUGAGGAAAGAAGCCAACAUGAUUUGUUACAUGAAUUGGUAAGACCAACACCAGUCACACUAGCACAUGAAGGAGACUUAGUCGGUUCUGAGGAAUUACCCUUCUUGCAUCUGGCUAUAAUAAAGGCAACUACAGAUGACCUUUCUGAUUCAAAUAAGCUUGGACAAGGUGGGUUUGGCACUGUCUACAAGGGUGUGUUACCAAAUGGGAAGGAAGUAGCAGUUAAAAGGCUGUCAAGGAGAUCAUGGCAAGGUCUAGAUGAGUUCAAGAACGAAAUCAUACUAAUUGCAAAACUUCAACACAGGAACCUUGUAAGACUACUGGGAUGUGGAAUAGAGGAAGAUGAAAAGCUGCUUAUAUAUGAGUACAUGCCUAACAAAAGUCUGGACCUCUUUAUCUUUGAUUCUGAGAGACGAUCACAACUUGAUUGGAAGAUAUGCAACAAUAUUAUUGGUGGAAUUGCCAGAGGACUUCUUUACCUUCAUGAAGAUUCUAGGCUUAAAAUCAUUCACCGGGAUCUAAAGCCAAGUAAUGUAUUGCUUGAUGAAGAGAUGGUUGCCAAGAUUUCAGAUUUUGGCAUGGCAAGAAUAUUUUGUGAUGAAAAUCAGAAUGCAGCUAAGACGGGGAGAAUAGUUGGAACAUAUGGAUACAUGGCUCCAGAAUAUGCUAUGGAGGGACUAUUCUCAAUCAAAUCUGAUGUUUUCAGUUUUGGGGUUGUUCUGCUUGAGAUCAUAAGUGGUAAAAGAAAUAGCGGCUUCUAUCUUACAGGACAAGCUCAAACACUCGUUGCAUAUGCAUGGCAACUAUGGAAUGAAGGAAAAGAACUGGAAUUUGUACACCCUGUAUUGAUGGAAUCAUGUUCAACGCCAGAAGUGAUCAGAUGCAUACAUAUUGGGCUAUUGUGCGUGCAGGAAGAUCCCGCUGUCAGACCCCCCGUGUCAUCUGUUGUGGCUCUUUUGGGCAGUGAAUCAAUAGGUCUUCCUGAACCAAGACAGCCUGCAUUUUCUGUAGGUAGAAUUGUUCUCCCUAAUCAGUCUUCAACAACAGAUCCUUCUGCAUGUGACAUGACACUUUCUAGUAUCUCACCACGGUGAUUAUUAAUGAGAUUGCAACUCUUCUGGUGCAAGUGAAGCUAGGUAGAUUGUAAAUAGUGACAUGAAUGUCUACCCCAUUAGAAUCAUAAAGAAUUUAUUACGCUCCAUUAAUUGUAUAUGAUUGUGUUGAACUACGUCCAUGAAUCUGAA